AUGCAGGAGGUUUCCGUCACUGUGCCCAACGGGGCAGCUUCGGCGGCGCCCGUGGGGGAAACAAAAGCCGUUGUGCCGAAUAAGUUACUCUUACCCGCAUCCGUCAGGACGUGCCCGUACUGCCGUCGCCUCGGAUCCGCUGCGCACAUUGUACGCUGCGGCAAGGAGUUGGUGAACUGCCCAGAUUGCGGCGCCGAGAUGGAAGCAGCCAAGCUGAGCGCGCAUGCGAUGUACGGCUGCGAGAAAAGGCACAGUGAUGUCACGUGUGUGGGCUGUGGUGCCUUAUUUCCACCCGCUGCUCUGCGUGAGCAUCUGAAAAAUGAGUGCAAGGCGGAUCAGUUUCGCUGCGCCGCCUGCUCGCAGGUAUUCUUCACGGCCGGGGAGUACGUGACGCACGCGUACGCAACACCUAACGGCUGCAGGCGGGCGCCAGCAGCCGUUCACGGCGUGGUGGGGACGCAACCCACCGGCCAGAGACCGAGGGGGAGUAGCAGAGGGCGGAGCUCGCACGUAGGGGUGGAGGUGAAGACGCCUGUCCAGGAGAGGAAUGGUAACGCCACUCUACGCAGCGCACAGCCGCAUGCAGAGAAUCCUCGCAAUGAAGGCUCUGAGCGGCGGAUUGACCUCACUGAGGAGGAGUGCCGGGGGAGGGGCGUGAUGCGUGUUUCAGACGGCCCAACGGCGUCGCCCCACCGGCAUCCCUCAAGGUUCACUCGGCGGCCUGUUUCUGAUACUACUACGUCACCGCUGAGACCUGGCAGAGUACACAGUGAACAUGAAACUGAAUCUAUUCCUCGCCGAGAGAGUGCGCCUGGGAAGUCGCGACCGACGCACCACUCAUUGUUGGGCGAUCACAGUCACGCUGCAAAUGCACGGUCCGGAGCAGUCGGAACAGGGACCCACUUUCACAAGCGCUCGAAGGGAUUUCUCAAGGAAUUGCAGGAGCGGCGUGAAGUGGCACGUGGCGCCAGACAUCGGUACCACCCCACCGCCCUGCCAAUCGCUCCGCGACUUGCCACAGCAGAACUACAGACAAAGCGCCAUGCAAAUCCACAACCAGGACACAACACACAGCAAGCCGCGCUUCAGCUGGCACCCACAGGUGGUAACACGCCGCGUGGGCGGCUAAUGGGAGACAGCAACUGCCGCAACGAGACAGUUGGCUCUUCUGGCAGUGGUGCGAGAGGGAAUCCGACUGUACGCCCGAAGUCGUGUCCGCCGGCCCGCCGACCAUCCGCCACAGCUGCCCGGAAACUCCUGGACUGCGGCCACAGCAACAGUGCUUCGCGUACGAGGAACAGCGUGAACCCGAUCGUCAUUCCGGCACCACACGAUGUGGGCGACGCGCAAGGCGAGCAACGCAGUGCGCGCAGACGGAAUUCAGUGGGUGCGCAGCGCAGCAGCACGCCGCUGGGGCGCGGCCGCCUGCGCGAGAGCGGUGGUGGCCCGCUUCCUGUGAUGAACAGGGAGCGUGUUACCAUGACGUUUCAACAGCUCAAGGCGGAGCGGGAGCAGCUAGGUUUGCUGCAUAAGGACACUGCCGCGCGUGCGCGGUCACCGCCCACGCAAAACGCACAGCUAAUUGAGCACUAUCAGCGGUGCAGUGGCCGGAGUCUGUCCCAUGACGAGGCGGAGGCGCCCACACCAACUCGCAUCCUGACGGAACUGAAUGACGCUGCGACGAGGAAUAAAAUAGGUGAGACUGACAGCCGCGAAAGUACGGAAUCCACGGAUGUACCACUGACCUCACAAGGCCUCUCUGAGGGGGCAAAUGUCGCUUCGACUGUGCUGAACGGAGGCGACACGACGGACUCUCAUAAUUCACGUUAA